AUGCUGCGAAUUUUGCUAUUCGUGGCUGCUGUGGUGUACAGUCAAGCCCUUCCAGCUCAGACUCCUGUCGAUUUGCAGGGUGAUCUGGAUUAUACCCCUAUCGAUGAGAAUGGGCAGGUUUUGAGAUUUCUCUCUGUGACGGAAAUGAUUGAGUCGUACGGAUACCCAGUGGAAACACACGUUGCUCAAACUGCAGAUGGAUAUCUUCUUACCAUGCAUCGAAUUCCUUAUGGCCGAGCCCCGGGUGCGGGACCAGCGCCAAAUAAACCCGUGGUUUUCCUUCAACAUGGACUGCUGUGCUCCUCCGCGGACUGGGUGGUAAUUGGACCCUCACGAGCGCUUGCUUACCUUCUCGCCGAUGAAGGAUACGAUGUUUGGAUGGGAAAUGCAAGAGGCAACACCCAUUCAAGAGCCCACAUCAAUCUUAAUCCUGACCGUCGCGCAUUCUGGGACUUCAGCUGGCACGAGAUUGGCAUAUUCGAUCUUCCUGCAAUGAUUGACUAUACAUUGAGACACACUGGUCAGACGCGCCUUCACUAUGCAGGACACUCCCAGGGCACAACAUCGCUGUUUAUCAUGCUUUCUCUUCGUCCCGAGUACAAUAACGUCAUCAAAUCAGCUCAUGCUUUGGCUCCAGUUGCCUUUAUGGAGAAUUUGCGAAGUCCAUUUAUUCGGGCUUUUGCUCCAUUUGUUGAUCAACUAGAUACUAUAACGAGCCUACUUGGAAUGAAUGAGUUCAUGCCCAGUAACACUAUGAUGCAGAUGGGAGGAUAUUUGACGUGCAGGGAUGAAUCCUCUUUCCAAGAAGUGUGCGCUAACGUACUGUUCCUAAUUGCUGGAUUCAAUUCAGAACAGUUAAAUCGGACAAAACUUCCUGCUAUUAUGGCGAAUACUCCUGCGGGAGCUGCAACUCGUCAGCUAGUUCACUAUGGACAACUCCAACAAUCUGGUCACUUCAGACAAUUCGACCACGGAUUUUUCGGCAAUAUGGCAGAAUACGGUUCCAGGAAUCCACCAGAUUAUCCUCUAGAUCGCAUCACAGCUCCUAUCGCUCUUCACUUCAGUGACAACGAUUGGUUGGCAGCUGUUGUUGAUGUGAAUCGCCUACGGGGACAACUGAGAAACCUUAUUGGACAUUUCCGUGUGCCGUUAGCUUCCUUUAAUCAUCUAGACUUCCAGUGGGCCAUAGAUAUCAAACCGUUGCUCUACAACAGAGUCAUUAGUUUGAUAAACCGUUGGAAUGAUUGAGCAUUUGAAUUUGUGAACAGUACAUAAAAACGGAUUUGCGAAAAACCUUUCUUUUAAUUUAAUAUGUCUCUGGUGUUUUUAAAUUCUUUUUUUUACAUACUUUUCUACUUACAAACAUAACAUUCUCCACCUAAUCAAUUUGAAAAGUAAAUUGUUUGAAUAAUAAUAUCUAUAUUGAAUAAUUGUCGUAAAUUUAAAAUGUUUAAAAAAGCCUUUUUCUGUAACAUGAUAAUAAAAGUAUUAAAUGUUGUGCAAAUAAGUGCGAGAUGACGAUAUCUCUGUGUAAAAGACUAAGCACCAGCUUAGUACCAAAUAAAAAAAUUAUAUAAUAAAGCAUAU